AUGGAAGCUCAAAGACAGGAAGCGUUCAGGAAGCUUCGCCCUGUAUGCGUCGCGCUGAGCUCCGCAGCUUUAAGUUUCCGUACACGACAGAACCAGCCUAGUGAUGUCCAAAAAGCACUAGAUGAGUUGUACGCUGUACUUGAGCCUUUGGGAGGUGAGGCUGCCCUGGACGUAAAACUCGCCGAAUAUGUUUUCUUCCCUCUGUCGCAAGUGUUCAAUCAGGCACAGGCUCUACCUCAGAGAUGCCUAGAGGUUGCAGUCAAAUGCAUUACAGUCCUUGUCACGGAGGGAUGGCGAACUCAGUUAGCCCCCGAAAUGGGGAAACAGUUGCUCAUUCUCAUGACCAUUCUGGUGGGAGGUACGCCAGCCCAGAACCGGGGACAGGUAACUCUAAAACCGGAGUCGGAAGAGCUUUCAGUUGCAAGUUUUAUAUGCAUGGACUCUAUCUUUCAAAUGCUCCAGGGUCCAGUAGCUGAACGCACCAUAUUCAAUGAGAUCGGUUCUGCUACGAUCAUUGAUCAAACUGUCUAUCUACUUCUGGAAGGUAUUUCAGAAGGGGCUUCGGCUGAUGUCCAAAUAGCAGCCCUAUCCGCACUUCAAUCUCUUUUCAGCCGGGUCACAGAUAGAGUCAUCUUGGCAAGUAUAAUGCCUCGUGUUGUCUCAGCCUUGACAAAAAUCGUGAAACCUACCACCAAGACCCGGAGGAGCUUCAAAGUCCUAGAGGGAUCCCUUCGGUUAUUGGAGAGUAUUCUUAGGAGUGUUCUCAAUGAUGAAGCUGUGUAUGGAGAACAGCAAAAACAAAGUAAAGAUGAACCAGGCGACAAACUAGUCCUUGACGAAUCAUGGCUUAAAGCAACGACUGGACAAAUCAAGCUUGCUUUAGCAAAUGUGAUUCAAAUUAGACAGCACGAACGACAAGCAGUGCGCGAUGCUCUUCUCAAUCUCUGUGUGAUGAUAAUAGAAGAAUGUCCAAAGUCUUUGAAGGAAUCACUGUCUCUCAUCGUAGAGACCAUGGUGGUACUCUCAGAUGUUGACGAUGCUAACACUCCGAACGAUGCCUAUACCUCAUUGCUUCAUCUAGCUACGGUACAAGGUCAAACUGUGGACGUCCUCAAGGAUCUACUUUAUAUAUGGACGACUUCCUUUCAGAGGAUCAUGCAAAGCAAUGACGAAGCUGCCAAACAAAGGGCUAUCAAACAAAUCGCCAUCGCUUUCCAAAUUCUCUCGCAAGUACAAUCGAGUUCAACUUUACUAGAAAGCAAUGUCGCGCUUGGGCUUUGCGAUAGUGUUGCGGCAGUCGUUCAAUCAUCAAAAUCAGUGCCUAUGCCUGUGACCUCUUCUUCAGGAGGUGGUCUCGAACUUGCUGUUUUAGGCAGACAGAAUACUUCACAGAUGUUUCCUCCGGUACUUCUCGAACAUCGCAGUCAGCAGCAGACGCUGGCGGAUAUGACAUCCAUGGUGACAAGGCUCAAUCGCACACAGUCGGGCGAAACCAUUACGAGAUAUAUUAUCAACCAAGUUUAUCAGGCUUCUGGUGAUACCAUAGUUGCACCUUUAUGGCUGGCCUUGCAGUUCUUGAGAUCUGAAGGGUCAAGUGGCAUCGACGAAUUCCUCAAUUUUGAUACUUCUUCCACCGUUCCGUCUCGAACCACAAUGAUCGAGGAACUCUAUUCCAUUGCUCUUCCAACUUUGAACGAGCCACCAUCGACCGAACCAAGGGACUGGAGGGUCUCUGCACUUUCAUUAGAAGUCGUGGCUUUGCAAGCCCAACAACUCAAAGAAGACUUUCGGCCGGAAUUGAUAGAUGCCUUGUAUCCGGUGCUGCAAUUCCUUGCUUCGAACAACACUAACCUACAGACGCAUGCUAUGGCGUGUUUGAAUAUAAUCACACAAUCCUGCAAUUACCCAGAUACACGCACAAUGCUGAUUGAGAACGUCGACUAUCUAGUCAACGCAGUGGCUCUCAAGCUCAAUACGUUCGACGUCUCGCCGUAUCCCCCACAAGUUCUUUUGAUGAUGGUCAAGCUUUCUGGGGCCGGUCUUAUACCAUACUUGGAUGAUCUUGUGAGCUCUAUUUUCGGCAUUCUUGAUAUGUAUCACGGAUACCCCAGGCUUGUGGAAUUGCUGUACUCGAGUCUCGCUGCGAUUGUUGAAGAGGGUACCAGAAGCCCUGAAUUGCUGGCGAUCACCGGGGACGGUCAAGAAAACCUCGUAGAGCACAAAAAACAGGCAUACGAUCCACUGUCAGUAACAAGAUUGGUGAAUGAUAUUUCUCGUAGGAAAAUCAAACGAGCACGUAUCGAAGAAAUCGACUCCCAGCUAGACGAAGAACUAUUGCCACACCCUCGACGUCCUUGGACACGCGAACUAGACGGACCUCCGCUUCCCAAAGAAGACGAAGACAAAAACAUCGAAGAACUUCUCAACGAGACCAUCAACCCUCUAGACGAGCCUGACGAAUCUCUCCCUCCACCCAAAGAUCCCGAAGACGCCCCCAAGCCUCUCAGCAAAUCACACAAUCUACUCCUACAAAUAGUCAAAUCUAUACCUCCACAUCUAGGCUCACCCUCGCCCUUCCUGAGGCGAUCACUCUUAUCCCUUCUCAAUCAGGCUCUCCCCGUCUUGUCGAAAAAUCAGACAAGUUUUCUCCCGCUUAUCAAUGAGUUAUGGCCGCCGGUUAGUUUACGAAUUGCGCCUCCUUCUGCCACAGGGUCGGCGUCUAUCUACCUUACAACAAAGGCAUCGACGACUUCAUCGUCGACGGAUAUUAUCUCUCGAACACCCAAACCAGACGAUGACAGCAUAAUCAAAGAAGAAACAUUCGUCACCGCCGCAGCCUGUGACGCCGUGACCAGCAUGUGCGAACUAGCAGGUGACUUCAUGGCGUCGCGCGUAGCAGGCGAAUACCCACGCUGGCGCCGCUUAUAUCUCGACAACUGGAACAAAGUCCUAGUCGACGUAGAAAGGAAUCUUGAACGCCAAUCCAGAUGGCAACAGAAAUCAAAGGAUACAUCAUUGGCGUUGUUCAACCCUGCGAUUCCGGACCUGAGUUUGUCCAAUAGAACCGCCCGCUCUUUUACACAACAUCAUAUCCUCUGGCGCUCCCUUCUGGCCUUGUUCGUGAAUGUGCUCGCUCACGUGCGGAUUCCACUGUCUAUCGGCGAUGAACUCUGCGAGUUUCUUGGAGGAUGGAUUAUGAAAUUCGUCGGACCAAAAUACUACUUUUAUUAUUACAAUCGGAUUACAUCCCAUCAGGGGCAGCAGCAAGCUAUCCAACAACUCCCCGAAAGAGGAGAAGAGGAUAUGCACCUUGUCAAUAAGGCGUUGCAGGCGAUGGAGGCAUGGAAUAAGGACCUGACGUGGUUUAUUUUUUGGCAAGGGUUGGUAUCUGAAAAUGCUACGGCGACUGCGAUGCCAGGAGAGGUAGAUCGUUGGCAAUUGCCAAAGGACCUGGGACGGUUUAAUGACAAUGCUGUUAAGGGAGAGAGAUGGAAGUUUGCGUCUGUAGAGGUCGUAUAG